AGGUGUCUGCUAAAAUGAUGUUGGCAUAUUACUGGGUAAAUUAGGUAAUCUUACUCUUCAAAAGCUUUUACAACUUGAAAUUUUGUUGAAAAAAGAUGUUAAAUGAGCAGAAAUUGCAACCAAGAAAUUGCAAAAGCAUGUACCACUGUCCCCUAAAUGUUCCUGUACAUGUGGUCGCGGAAGAGAAACAACAGCUCGAAAUGACUCAUUUCUAGUAGUGGAAUGACUAAAGAAUCGCAAAGCAUCUAGCAGACAGCUACAAGGGAGGUUGGAACAGCGUUGUUGCAGUUAGUUCGAGAACUGUAAGAAGACGACUUUGAAUUCUGGACUUCAAAGCUUGCACGCCUUUGAAAAAGCAAAAGUUGACCAAACAAAGCAAAAGCGACAAAAAUGGGCCAAACCGCUUCAAAAAUGAUUCAAAGAAGACUGAGAGCGCGUAAGAAGCGCAAGUUUUAUUUUCAUGAGGAUUUUUCAGAAAAAUUGCGUCUACAUUAGUUUUGCUGUGUUUUCUGCGUUUUUCUGUGUUUUAUUUAGUUGGUUUUUAGCAAGGACUACAUCAUCCUUUGCUGUGACAAGCAAUCUAUAUGUCCGCCGAUUACCUGGUGAAAAGAUGUGGGAAGAAUGCAUUAUUCAACGAGUCAAACUUCCCACUCAGGUCAGAUAUGGAGCUCUAUGAGCAUCUACGGAACUGGUCAGCUCUCCAUCUUCCAGGGUAACAAGAACCAGCAGCAGAACAGAGAACUAUUGGAGAACCAACUGAUCCCUCAGCUGUGUGAAUGGUCAAAGGAAAAAGGCUUUACGGUGACUGGAGGCUUCAUUUGCAUGCACGACAGUGCUCCGUGUCACAAUAAGCGUGAAGGUACCCAUUUUCUUGAGGGUUGUGAUAUAGAAUUGUUACUAUGACCUGAUAAUAUUCCUGACAUAAAACCAAUAAAGAGUUUAUGGGCAAUCCUAAAGGCAGAGAUAAAGAAAACGAUUAAUACAAACAAGCAACUGCUCCUUGAACAAAUUGUAGCGACCUUGGCUCGCAAUGAAAGCAUGAGUGAACUUUGCAUAAAGCUCAUUCACCCCAUGCCUUUGUGUGUUAACUCCUUAAAAAUUGCCAAAAGAUCAUUUACGAAAUACCAAC